GGCCCUGGCGCCGCAGCGGCAGCGCGCCAGCGGGCCGCGCCAAGGGCCGCCGGCGGCGGCCCCAGAGAGGCCCCGCCGCAGCUGGGUCAGACCCCUCUCGGGGCACUGCCUGGCGCCGCGCUGGGAUGCCUCCCAAGGCCCCCGUGGACAAGGCCAAGCAGAAGCAGAAGGAGAAGAUCGCCGAGGACAAAACGUUCGGCUUGAAGAACAAGAACAAGAGCAAGUCGGUCCAAAAGUACAUCAAGUCCAUCGUCAACAAUGCGCAGGGCGCGCCGAAGGGCGGCAAGGAGGAGCAGGCCCGGAAGGAGAAG